CAGUGCUCAAGUCCUGUCUCGUCCGGAACUGCGUCUCACGUAGUGUCCAAUAAUCGAUCCUAAUUCACGAGUUCUAUCUGUGGCGAGCUCGCCUGUUCAUUGACGAUGGCGCACCAAUCGCCUAUGAUAGCGAUUCCGAAGAAGAGUACGGAUGAAGUCGAUUGGACGACACCCAUACGGAACAUCAUCGCGCAGUCGUACGGCGAGAGCCCCGACAACUAUGCGGCGGAGUGCGCUGCAUUGCAGCGGUGUAGACAGGAUGCUGUUCGUGGUGCAGGGAGUGACCUCACAGCUCGGGACUUGCUAUACAAGUACUUCGGCCAGCUGGAGCUGCUCGAGCUCCGCUUCUCCGAAAUACGCGUUAACUUUCCCUGGAGAGACGCCUUCACGAACAAACUAACCGUGCAGACCUCCAUCGCGUACGAGAAGGCAUCCAUCAUCUUCCAGAUUGCCGCCACGCACUCUGCCAUCGCAGCGUCGCAGAAUAGAUCGGACCCGGAAGGACUGAAACGCUCCUUCCACUACUUCAGAACAUGCGCAGGGAUGCUCACGUAUAUUAACGACAACUUUCUGCACGCGCCAUCCACCGACUUGAGUCGCGACGUCAUCAAGUUCCUUGUCAACAUCAUUCUGGCGCAGGCGACCGAAGUGUUCUUCGAGAAGUGUCGGGAUGAGAAGAAGGGAAACGCAUUGAUAUCGAAGAUUGCGUCUCAAGCGUCGUUCAUGUAUUCAUCGCUUGCGGAAGAAGUGAAAGAGUUCAUGGGGAAGGGAAUAUUUGAUCGGAAUUGGGUUACACUUAUCCAGAUCAAGUCCAAGUACUUCACCUCGAUUAUGCAAUACUACCGUGGUCUAGCAGAUCACGCUGCUGGAAAGCACGGCGACGCCUUAGUUCGGUUCACAGUAGCCGAGACUAAUGCCAAAGAGGCACAACGCCUUGCCUCUACAUUCGACUCCGUCUUCGUUACCCAGAUGUCCCCUACCUUACCUCCCGACGCCGGACCCUCUAUUCGCGAUCUCACCAAAGCGCACUACGCAGUGUGUGUUGAUCGUAAAGCCGAAGCGCAGCGGGAUAAUGACCUAAUCUACAACGCCGUACUCCCGACCCCAGAGGCCCUCCCUGCCAUCGACAAGACUGCGGUCGCGACGCCAAUCCCAAUCCAGGACGUCUACUCGACCCCAGACGUGCAGAAAGUGAUUGGACCGGACCUGUUCAUCAAGCUCAUCCCGUUGAGCGUGCACGAGAGCGCGAGCGUGUACUCGGAGGAGAAGGCGAAGCUCGUGCGCGCGGAAGUCGAGAACGCCGAAAGCGCGGAGGUGGAGGUGCGCAGCGCGCUAGAGGCACUCGGCGUGAAGGAGGGGCUCGCGCGGUACAGGGCGAUCGUGGAGGGCGGCGUGGGCGGAGAGGAGGAAAUUCCCGUGGAAGUGCGCCGGUGGCGCGAGGACAUCGGGGUGAUGGAGGACCGUGAACCUGUAGAGGGCCUUAUGGCUGAUCUGACCAGGAUGAAGGAGGCUGUAGCCAGAGAGCUCGAAGCGGCGUCACGGGACUUGGAGAUCGAGUCGAAGGAUUGCGAGAUGAUGCGGGUGAAGUACGAGCAUUUAUGGACCCAGGAACCCUCCGCUAGUUUGACUAGGGCAUUGAGGGCCGAUUUGAAGUCUCACUUCGAGGCCUUACAGGCUGCGGCGUCAUCCGAUCAGCAAGUGGUGGCCCUUUGGGAGGCCGUGCGGAACGACAUUCUGCUGCUUCUAUCACCUGAGGUCGAAGAUGUCUUCAGGGCCAGUACUGAGGGAAGCGGAAGGGAGAAUCUGCUUGACUUAGACAUCGGGAGUGAGGGCCAGGACGACGAUGAACGGGCGAAAAUUGGACAGUUCGUGGAGGAGAUCGACGAACGACUUGGUCGCCUGAACAAGAUAAGUCGAGAACGCAACGAGGUCCUCAAAGACCUCAAAGAGAAGGUGCAAACGGAUGAUGUCUCACAUUUGCUCCUGGUCAACCGGCGAAACGCAGGUGUUGAGCCUACCCUGUUUGCAGUGGAGCUCGAGAAGUUCCGACCCUUCCAGCAACGCCUUGCAGCCACCGUUCAUGCACAGGAGGUCACCGUGCAGGAGAUUAAUCACCUGUGGAAAGGAUUGAGAGACCUAGCUGGACGUGGUCCUGGCGCUCGCAAGUGGGAAGAGCGAGAGAAGAGGAAGAAGGAUACGGUCAAGCGGUUCUCUCGUGCGCGUGAUAUAUACAUGGAAGCCCGGGACGGUCUAGCCAAGGGACUCCAGUUCUACCGAGAGCUCACAGAGCUGGCCAAUCAGCUCAAGCGCAACGUUAGCGAAUUUAUUUCAAGUCGCGCGGCAGAGAGGGAAAGGUUGGCCGGACAGCUGGAAGCCCAGAAACGUCUGUCUUCGCCCACUGGGGCUGGCUUGGCACCUUCGCUAUUGGACAAACCUCCUCGCCCACCACCGCCGCCAUCUUCAAGUCUCAACGCAUCGUUUGCUGCUAUGAGCAUAAACAAGAACGGGCCUACCUCCCCACCACCGCCUCCGUCCAGGGUACCGUGGGACGGCCCAACAAGCCUUCCUCCGCCUCCGAAUCAGUAUUCAAACGGUGUAUCACAGCUGCCCCCGUCGUCCCACUACAGCUCUCCCCCUCCUAUGCCCCCUUCACCAGCUGGGGCGUCUCCAUACCCCCCGCCGCCCCCUUCUGCGCCGCCACAAUCCCAGCCGAGCUAUGCAUCGCCCCCACAGUCUCAGCCGAGCUACCCACCACCUCCCCAAGAUCCCUAUGCGGGACUCAGUAUGUUCUCUUCACAAUUCUCCACAUCGCCAACUCCUCCUCCGCCGCCACCACGCCAGAAUCAACCACCGUACGGUGCUCAACAAUACCCUCCGUCACAAUCGUAUCAGUCAGCACCACAACAACCGUUUCAACAACAGCACUACCCGUCCCCACAGCCUCCUCAGCCCCCCUACGGCCAACCCCAGCAGCCUUAUCAAUACCAGCAGCCGCCAUUAAAUCGAACGUCCCUUCCUCCUCCGCCUCCUCCAGUUUCGUACCAGUCGCAAUACAAUGCACCUUCCGCACUUUAUCAAGGCGGUGUUCCGGGAUCUCAGCCACCAUAUGGACAAUACCCGCAGAAUUAUGGGCGCUGACGGACUGAUCAUCUGUAGAGAAUUCAGUAUUUUGUCGGUCUAAGGUACCCUUUUCCUGCUGGUAAAGUAUAACUCCUUGUAUUCGGUUCACCCACCUCUGCCAGCUGCUCGCGCGACAAGCCAUGAAAUCAGCUACAUUAUUGAACUAUGGAUUGUACUGUCGAGUACUGCUCCUUAGAAUUAAUAUGGAGUGG